GUCCAAGUAAUAAAACUCACCCGCGCUCACCCGAAGUGUGCAAUAUCCGAACACCACUUUCUCGGAUUACACUCUCAUUAUACUCCCCUGAAUAGCAGGAGCCCCUCAUUUCAACUCAAGUUCGAAACAGCCAACCAAAAACCCCUAAUUCCGAGAGCCAUCUCCACCCCUCAUGCCCCAGCACAUGCGCGAGACCCAGCGAGUGCCUCGUACGUGCAUCCAAUGUGCUCGCCGGAAAGUCAAGUGCUCCAAGAAGAUCCCCUGCGACGCCUGCAUCCGGCGCGGCGAAUCGGCGGCCUGCGCACGAGAGGUCGUCAAGGUCCAUGGCAAGGUGACUGUCGAGUACCGUAGUGCCGUGGACGAAGAAGAUUCGGAUGAGAGCGAAUCGACCCUUAAUUGCAGGCUGGUGCAGGAGAACCUCAGUCUCAAGACCCGCAUCCGCCAGCUGGAGUCCGUCCUCCAACGGCCCGAGGCAGAGACUGAGGUCUUCCGGCCGGUGCCUGCGGCAGAGCGGUCUCAUUCUUCGGAGAAGAUACUGAAUGACUUCCAGAGGCUACCGUUUGGGCUUUUGGCUGAAUCAUCGCACGAUGGAGGGGUCGAUCCCCUUCGUCCGCGAGAUGAUCAUGUCCUGAUUAUCCUGCCGGCGCGGCACUGGAGCGAGGUGAUCGUGCGGUUCUCGCUCACGCAUUUGGCGUGGGUUCACUGUGCCCUGGAGCCGGCAGUCUUUGCUGAGGAGCAUCGUGCGUUCUGGGAUCAGUUGAUGGACACUGGUAAUUCGAGGGCUCACGGCUGGAAUGCGGUGUAUUUGAGCGUGUUAGCUGUGGGGGUAUAUUUCAUGAACGAUGAGAUGAUCGAGGGCUUCCAUUUCUUCCAUGAGAGCUAUCUGACGGGGAGAUCGGGGGAGAUGUCGCUCAGCAGGAUGACCACGCAAUUGUGUCGCAUUUGGUGCGACGCUGCUGUCAAAGAGUUGGAGCACGCUGAUUACGUCAGUAAGCCCAGUGUCUUGACGGUACAAGCCCUUACAAUCCUCAAUAUCGUUCACAAGAACCUCGGACAGUCUAGUCGAGAGUACAUUCUACACGGCUUGGCUGUGAACGUGGCUAGACUGGUUGGCUUGGAUCGUCUUGGGGAAGGCUGCGAAAUACCUCACUCGCUGCGAGACACCCAGGCUGAUACGCCUGUCAAUGUAUAUCGACGACUGUGGUGGACUUUGGUGAUUGUUGAUUGGUGGGUAUUGGCCUUCCUUGUAGCGCGCUCAACGCUUACUGUCCUUAGGAUGACUGUGUGGUCUCGUCCAAUCUCAAUCCACCCUGGGUCGUUCACGACGAUACUAGAGACCAGCGAUGAAUCUUAUACACCGGACUACUCGAGUGACUCCGACGUAUCGUCUCCUUUCGAGUAUCACAAGGCCAUGGCACAACUAGCCGCCACCAUGCAGAACACGGUCAGAUCAAUCAAGGAGUGGAGCGGCAGCAUCGUACAGGCUUCCGUUAAAGAAAUUGACUCUGUGGCGUCCUCCUUCCCACGCCAUCUCUUCUACAAUGGGACAGACACAUCCGGAGUUCCGCUCGAAGGAGUCCCAUCAUGGAUGAAUGUGCAGCGCUUCUUGGUGUGGAACCUCCUCGACACGUGGCGGAUCAAUCUCAGCGUCGCCCUCAUCCCCCAGCUACUGGGCAACCCCAACGCAGCCCACGAAUUGGUCCACGCCAGCGCUGUAUCAGCAGCCAAAUGUAUCCUGCAGCGCAGAUACCACGACCCAUGCUCUCACUUCCAGAAAUUCUGGGCCGUGGCGUGCUCGGCGGUAACGGCCGGCACCUUUCUAUGCCUCGACCUGAUCUGUUUCGGGCAUUUGCGAACUCCAGCAGAGAUCACCCAGGCCAAAGAAUUGAUCCUCGUCAGCAUCCAGCUGCUAGAGUCGUCAUACACGGAGACACGGCAUGGCGCUUUGCUCGUGCUGCGGCGACUGGCGUAUCUCCAUGACAUCCUGCAUCAGCGCCAUGCGAUCGACCAACGAGCCUUCGCGAAUAUCAUGAAGUUGAUGGCCUCUCCGCGUCUGUGGACCUCUGUUGCCGAUACGGAAUCGACUCUGAAUUUCCUCUUCGGUGGAUCGGACUCGUAUAGUAGACCGGGUGAGGGGCAAGUGCCUGUCGAUGAUGACACGGGCCAUCGUGGGACUAGUCUGCUGCACGGGAGUUCCAGCAGAGAAGGGUUCGAGCCUUUUCCGUUGGAGUCAGCGUCGAUUCCGGAUUUUGAAGAUCUGUUCGGGGCAUCCGAGCUGAUUGACAUGUCGUUGCCAUGGAUUGAUCCGGCGACGUUGAUGGCGUUCACGAGUCAUGUUCCAUAGAGUUGCUGUGAUGAAUCUGUUGUAAUGAAUAUAAGC